AUGCGCAUCCUCAUCACGGGCUCCAGCGACGGUCUCGGCCUCCUCACCGCAAACCUCCUCAGCAAACGCUCCCACCAGAUCGUCAUCCACGCGCGCAACCCCUCCCGCGCCACCGAUGCCAAAACCGCCUGCCCAUCCGCCACUGCCUGUGUGAUCGGCGACUUGUCCACUCUCUCAGGCAUCCGCGCCUUUGCCACCGAAGCAGAUAAACAAGGUCCCUACGAUGCCAUAAUGCACAAUGCAGGACUCUACCUCGGUCCCUUUCGCCGCACAGAAGAUGGGUUGCCAGCUCUAGUUGCAGUAAACACAUUAGCGCCAUACAUGCUUGCGUGUUUGAUGAAGAAGCCGGGUAGACUUGUUUUCGUGUCCUCGGGAUUACAUCAAAACGGUGAUGCGGGGUUAAAAGACAUGACAUGGCAGCAAAGGGAUGAAGAGCACUGGAAUUCAGGACAAGCCUAUGCGGAUAGCAAGUUACAUAAUGUCAUGUUUGGGUUUGCGUUUCAGAGACACUAUGGGAUUCCGUGUGUGUCGGUGGAUCCGGGGUGGGUCAAGACGAAGAUGGGGGGACCGAAUGCGAUGGAUGAUUUGGAUGCUGCGGUCGAGACGUUUGCGAUGGUUUGUGAGGGGAGUGGCGAGGCAAAUAAAAAAGAGACGGGUCAUUAUUAUCAGAUGAGGGAGAGGGGGUUUAGAGAGGAGGCUGCUGACGAGAAGACGCAAGAGAAGUUGUUGAAGAUUCUAGAGGGCAUUACGGGUGUCAGGGUGCCCGAGUAG